AACAAUCGUGCAAACUGUACAGCGUGAGUGAUAUCGAGUUAGAAAAUUCUACCUACUGACUCAUGACUGUAGCUCUGGUUUACCCUUGUGCACUUACUCCCUGGCUAUUGGCGAUUUUUCUACGGCACUUGAAAUUGGAAAUCAAGUGCAAGUCGACACGGGUAGCAAUGUAUCAUACAAAGGAAAUGCCUAUAUUGGUAGGCUAUGCAGUUUUUUAUUUUAUUUUACCGUAUUUCGAGGUCUUUGGGUAAAACGCACCUCUCUAAUAGACGAGAGAGUGAUAAGAAGAAGCUUUAAUACUGUGUUCUCGAAAGUUGUCAAUUUAGGUCAAUAUGUGACACAUCGAUC